AUGGCUUCAGCCACAGGUAUCCCCGAGCGCGUUCCCCCGGUCUCCGAGCAAGAGCCGCUGUUGGGAAGGCCUGGAGAUGCCACUCAGAAGUCAGAACAGUGGCUGGCCUUCAACCUCUGGACUGGCACAGGCAUUCUUGCUCAAGUCGGGGUAUGGGUGCUAGCUGCCAUGGUGUGGGCAGCUGUGUUCGAGCACGAUGUCAUAUUCUUCAGCUACCAUCCCUUGCUACAAUCAGCCGGGGUGCUCCUGCUCGUCCAAGCGAUCCUCAUUGUCCAGCCGACAGCGACGCAGAAACAGAAACGAGAUGGUACAUGGGCACACUCUGCCUUCAACUUUCUCGGCGUGGGCGCCUUGGUCGCAGGCAUUGUGGUCAUUGAGCUCAAUAAGGCGCCUCAUCCCGAUCAGCGGUUCAAGAGCAACCACGGCAUAUUGGGCAUAGUCACAUUUGGUCUGAUCUGUGUCCAAGCUCUCGUCGGGUUUGUGCAGUACUGGACGCCUGCAUUGGUUGGUGGUACUGAGAAUGGCAAAGCAAUCUACAAAUACCAUAGAGUAUCUGGCUAUGUCAUCCUAGUUCUGGCCUUAGCAACAGUCGCAACCGCAACUCAGACUGGAUUCAACAAGAACGUCCUAGGUCUUCGCCUGUGGGCUGUGACGGUCACUAUUGUUCUGGUUCUCAUCGGCAUCGUUCCGCGCAUCAAACUCGCCAAGCUUGGCCGAAUUGGCUCUUAG